AUGGCAGCGUUCGACGCCAUCACGGAGGAGCCGCCGCCCAGCCGCCACUGGGACGAUCCGGAUUUCGAGUCCUUCCCGCCCAAACACUCCGGCUCCGUCGCUUCCUUCCGCUUCGAAUGGCUAUGGCACGACACCUGCGCCUCAUCACUGCUGCAGCGCCUCUCCCUCUCUCCGCCUCCCACCACCACCAGCACCACCACCGCUGGCAGCGACAGCAUGGAUGGUGCAAGCCUGGCUAGUGGUGGUGGUGGUGUGGGGGGAGGGGGGGGAGAGGAGAGGGGGUGUGUGGCAGUGAGGCUGCUGCUGGUGGCAGCAGCACCGGCUAGCAGCGACCUAAUAGCCCAUGCUGUGGAAUCCCUGGGGGGGAAUCCUACCUCCGCCCCUCUUUCUGACACACACGCUGCUGCUGAUGGUGCUGGCGGUGCUGAUGUGGCCUCCGACGGUGCUACUGCUGCCAGUGACAAGAGUUCUGGAUUUAGACUGGCGGCGCGGAUUCACUACGGCAGCAGCGGCAGCAAUGGCAGCAGCAGUGGCGUUGAUGGGGGAAGAUCAUCAACAGCGCAGCACACGUCACACCUCUACCUCACAGAGACAGGUGGCACCGCGCUAUUGGCUGUGGGCCACGGUCGGUUGGAAGCAGAGCGGUGCUUGGAGUGGGUGCGAGGCGUCAUGGUGCAUGUGAACCCAUCCCUGACGGUCGUGGUUUCCUCUCUGCCAGCCAUCUCUCUUCCUUCACUGCCCUCUGCGCCGCCCAAACAGCAUGCCACGUCACAGGGGCCCCUUGCUGACGUGGAUGUGUGGCGGCUUGAGACUGACGCAUUCAAGGCAUCACCCUUCGCACCCCUCGCUCCUCUCCCAGCCAUCGCCUACCUCCCAUCCGGCAGUCUCAUUGACGGCCUCCCUGCUGCUCUUCUCUCCCAUUGUCAGCCCCGGCAGCUGCCAGCUGUCGCGCUCUCAUUCGUGGACCGCCACUGGAGUGGCAGCUCCCCAGGCACGGUGCGAGGCAUGGCAUGGCUGAUGGGGGAACUCGUGGCUGCAUGUGCUGCUGGUGAAGGGGAUGUGGGAGCAGCUGUGAGGGAGGCCCUGCUGAGAGCAGGCGCCGUGUGGGCGAAGCAGUGGAGUGGUGUGCCGGCAGGGCAUGGGAAUGGGGCUGCUGAGCUGUACUGGAAGGGACUACUGUGGGAGAGGGAGGGCUGUUCACUGCGAGGCAUGGCGUGGCUGAUGGGGGAACUCGUGGCUGCAUGUGCUGCUGGGGAGGGGGGUGUGGGAGCAGCAGAGGAGGCGGGUAAGGCUGUGAGAGAGGCAUUUCUGAGAGCAGGAGUGAUGCGGGAGAAGCAGUGGAGUGCAGUGCCUGCAGGGUAUGGGAAUGGUGCUGCUGAGCUGUAUCUGUGA